AUGUUAAGAUCAUUUGCUCGUUCCUUUUCAUCAACUGUUGUCAAAAGAGACUUUGCCAGAACUCAAUUGCUUGGUACUGUUGGUAAUUUUGAAUUUAGAGAAUCCGAAAAUGGUACCAAAUAUGUCACUUAUUCUCUUGCAGUUAAUCGUUACAAUAAGGAAACACAAGAGCAAGUCACUAAUUGGUACCGUAUUGCUGCUUUCACCCAACUUGAAAGAUUGGAAAAGUCUUUAAGAGUUGGUAAUGUUUUACAUGUCGAUGCCAACUUAGCAGUUAGAAAAGUUGAAGAUCCUGAAACUCAUAAGGUUCGUAGUGAACUUCAAUUAAUUCAAAAAAAUUUUGACGUUGCUCGUUUUGGUAAGAAAGAUGGUGAAGAAGCUUCUCCAUAG